UUCUAAGAAUGGAAGAGACAGGUGAAAUUGAUGAAAAUAUUGCAGUUAAAGGGGAUUUGGAACUCAAUCUCAACACAUUAAAGAUGGUUCCCUGUCCGUAUGUCGAUAUUAUUACAGAAUUUGCGGAUGUCGAGAUUUUCCUUAUUUCUUUCGAUUCUUUACUUUUGGAAUUAUGUGCUCAUCGAUAUCAUAAUUGGAUUUUGGGAGGGCAAACAAUUGUUAUUAGUGAACAGUUAAAACACUUCCUUUGUGCUCUAGAAGAAUUAAAUGCAAAAUUCAAAAUAGUUGUAUUUUCUGAUUUGAGUGUUUUGUUCAACAAAAAUGGAUAUUUAUCGUUUUUGUAUUCAUAUCUUUUACGAUUUUUAACUUCAAGUAAAUGGAGUGGAGAUAUCGAGAUUUUUAAUUCUCCGCUUGAUAAACGUUGGAAUGUUUUUCUUCAUCAAUUAACGCCCUCAUUUAUUUUAAUGUCAUUAGAAAAUGCUUCUCCAAGGGAAAUUUUUGGAAUUGAAAAAUUAACAAUUGAUGAAAAAGAUAAAAAGAAUAUGCAAAUAACAGUUUAUGAGGAUAUUGAUUUUGCCAGUUUUUUUAUUUCAACAUCGUUUCAAUUAAUUAAUGAAGCAAUCCCUGUUGUAUUAUUUAAUGCAUUUACUAUCAAUUUCACUUCUGUUAUGUCUUUUCGUUUCUCUACUGUGCCAAUAAAUAUUGCUAAUCUUAAUAAAAAGAUUGCUGCUUUGUGGACGAAAAUAUCUGAAGAAAAGCAAUUAAACAAAAUUGAAAUUCAACAGCAAAUCCAAAAACAAGUUUGUGAAUGUAAAACUGCGGCACAGUUUUGGGCUUAUGUUGUUUGUAAAGCUAUGAAAGAUAAUGACAAAAAGGAUGAUAAUUUUGAAUAUGUUUGUAUGUCUGUUAUUUUGUCUGCUUUGGUUUGUGCAAGACUUGGAACUGGUAGGAAAUAUUUGGAAGAGGAAGAGAAUAAUUGGAGACAUGAUCCUGCUCUUAAAAAAUUUCAAUAUUUGCAGCUUAAAGGAAAAACCUUUUUGGAGCAAUCUUUAUUGGAUUCUGAUUCCAUCAAUUUUCCCCUAGAAGAUUUAUGGGAUGGCCGUAUGGUUCUCUCUCUAUACAAGAAAAUUGUAGACAAAAAGACGAUUUUGCCUUUGCGUCUGCAAAAAGAAUUUGCGGAUCUUCAUGGAAUUGUUGGCUUCAAAGUUUCAAUUCCAACCGAUGUGAAAGAAGAAUUACUUGACCAACUAUCACCGAGUGAGGCUCCAACGACAAGAAUGGAUCGUUGUCAACUUUAUGCAAUUAAAAAUGAAUUUUUGGAUCAAUACAUUCCUGAUGUCCAAUCGUUGUUGACUGACACAAAAAUCGUUCCUUUAACAACUUUUGAGCAUGACUAUGCUAAAAUUAUUGAACAUGCAUACAGAUGGAAUUUUGAGCCUAUUGGAGAUUCUUUAAUGUUACAAGAAGAAAAACAACGUGAGUAUGAGAAAAAACAACUUCAGGAUGCGAGAAAAGCGAGGAAAUUAAUUUGGCAGAGACAAAAUUUAUCAGCAUGGUAUCAACUUUUUUCUGAUUCAUUGGAAGGCCAGGGAGGCCAAUUACUCGUCGAUUUUUCUCGUGUAGUUAAGGCUCCAGCAAUUACGGAGGAUACUGAUAAUGAAAAUAGCCGUCCAUCUUCUCAAAUGAGCAAGAAAAAUGUUCAGAAAAAGGAAGGGAAAGGAGCAAAGAAAGGAGGAAAGCCGGGAGCUGGUGGUUUAAGUAAAAAAGAUCAAAUUUUACAGCAAAAUAUUGAUGCAAAAAGAAAACAACAAAUAGAAAGUGAUAAGCUUAAAAUUGAAUAUGCCACGAGAUUAAAAACUAAUACUUUAAAUGCAUUGGAUGAAUUGUUGAAACGUUUAGAUUUAGACGAAUCUAAAGCUCUUUGUAUGUAUCAAAAAGUUAUUCGUUAUGCUGAUGUUUUUUCUGAACAAUUAACUUCAUUUGAAGAUAUAAAUCAAAAAAGAGAAGGAGCACUUGGAUUAGUAGAAUCAGUUAAGGCGAUGUUUGUAAAAUAUUUUAAUUUUAUUGAUGAACAACAAAAAGAAAAGAUUCUCUAUCUUUGGGCAUCCUUAGGAUUUGGAAAAGCAGAAUCAUUGAAGCGUCGACCUGACAAACAAAUGGAUUUACAAAUAGAUUUAAUUCACUAUCAAUUAAAAUAUGGAGGUAGAAUGAUUGAUGUUUUGACGGAAUUGGCAACAAAAAAAGAUGACCGUGUUACUGGCUUUAGCCCUGAUGCUUGGCAACGAAAGAUGCUUGAUGCUGUUGAUCAAGAUAAGAGUGCAUUAAUUGUGGCUCCAACUUCAGCUGGUAAAACAUUCGUCUCCUACUAUUGUAUUGAGAAAGUUUUGAGAAAAAGUGAUGACGAUGUUGUUGUCUAUAUUUCACCUUCAAAACCACUGACAAAUCAGAUUGUUGGUUCUGUUUAUGCACGUUUUCGAGGGAAGGCAAUGUCAAGUGGAAAAGUUCUUUACGGAAUUUUCAAUAAUGAAAUUAUUGAUAAUGUUCUGAAUUGUCAAGUUUUGGUAACAAUUCCUGAAUGUUUUGAGCAAAUUUUACUUUCUUCUGAUCCUCGUUGUCAAUCUUUUGUUUCUCGGAUUAAAUAUGUAAUUCUUGACGAGGUUCACUGCAUCAAUCAAAAAGACACACAAGGGCGUUCAAUUGGUGAUGUUUGGGAACAUAUCUUCUUACUUAUUCGCUGUCCUUUCCUUGCACUUUCUGCAACAAUUUCUAAUAUUAAUGAAUUAAAAGAAUGGUUGAAAUCCGCCGAAUGUGCAAAACCUUUGGAAGGGUUACCAGCACGAGAAGUUGAAUUAAUUACUUAUGAUGAACGAUGGUCAGAAUUAGAAUUGAGUUUGCAGCGACUUUCGGUCAGAUUUUCUUUUAAUCGUUUUACUUGUGUUUUUCAGGUUUGUUCAAAGGAUUCAGUUAGUGAAGAAAAUGGUAGAGAAUCAAAGCAAGAAAAUAUUGAAUCAAAGAAAGAAGAAGACUCGAAAGCAGACUGGAAUGAUGUAGUGCAAUAUUUUAAUCCAUUUGCUGUUUAUAAACUUGAAAAGCUUCGAAUGUUUGGCAUUCCUGCUGAUCAACGUCUAACUGCACGUCAGAUUCUCGAACUUUACGAAUUUAUGGCUAACAUCGAUGAUAGUGUUAAAAAAGAUUUUGAACCGACAAAAUAUUUUACUCAAUUGUGUCGUGUUGAUGAGAAAUCCCCAGAUAGCGGUGCUGCUUGGUUAAACAGAAAAGAUUUACGUCAAUUUGAAAAUGCACUCAAAAAUCGUUUUGUUCAAUGGAUGAAUGAAGAUAAAACAAAAAUUGAUAAAAUAUUUGAAAUCUUAGAGAAAGAAGUUGGUGAAGAAUUUGAAAAACGUUCAAAACCUUAUGAUAUGCGUAAAUCGGCUCUAAACAAUAUAUUGCCUUUGAUUGAUCAGCUAAAAAGGAAAGAGCAACUUCCUGCACUUUGUUUCAAUGAUGAUCGUGAUAUUUGUGAAAAAUUGGCAAAACAUAUUUUUAACGAAUUAAAGAAAAGAGAAGAGACUUACAAAGCUAGUCCAGAAUUCCAAAAGAAAUAUAAUUUAAAAGCUGAAGAGAAAGCUUUAAAAUUGGCAAAACGCAAACGUGAUGAGGAAGAGCGUGCUGCAAAGCGAAAGAGUAAACGUGUUGAUGAAGAUGGUAAUGAAGAUCGUUUUGAAAAGGAUGAUAUGCCAGAAGAUGGCGAUGCAUUUGCAUUAAUGAAAAUUCGUAUGCGUGAGGAUUUGGAAAGAUUCAAAUUGUGUUGCCGUUGGAGCGAUGAAGAUAUUUACAACCGUUGUAUUGAGAAAUUAAGUAAAAAAAUAAAACGACCUGAAGCUCGUUCAUUACUUACUCUUUUUGAACGUGGAAUUGGCUUUCACCAUGAUGGUCUUUCUAAUGCAGAACGCUCAGCAGUUGAAGUGCUCUUUCGUAGAGGAUUUUUAGGAAUUGUUUUUUCAACAUCAACACUUGCUCUUGGUAAAAUUCGACGUUUACUCACAGCUAGUCUUGCUACGUUAAGAGGAAAUGUACCUUUUACAACAGCAUUUCUUCUUCGAUUAAUUUCUUUUGUCAAUGGAGAAUUAUCAAAAGAACAACAAAAAUUAUUGAAAAAUGCAAGAACUCAGGGAGGUGGAAAAUCUUCAAAAAUAGACAAUAAUGACGUUUUAAAUGAGGAAGUGCGAAGAAAGGCUGCUUUAACUUUAUUAAAAGUGCCUUUUGUUUUGCAAACGCAUAAUAGGAAUUUUAGUAAUUUAUUAAGAUUUUUGACAUUUUUCUAUGUUCAAUUGCUUAGAAGAAUGCAAUUAUUAGAUGAAAAGUGCAUUCCACGAGGUUUUGCUCAUUUUGCCUUACAUUUGAGUCAGUAUGAUCCCGGCAGUCUUGUCUUCAUUCAUAUUCUUCAAACAGGCGUUUUACAUCGUUAUAUUCAUACAACAUAUGAAGAUCUCUAUCACGAAGAUAAUAGAACAAAAGCUAAAGAAGAUAUAAUUUUUAUAUUGGCACAUAUAUUUACUCAAAAACUUGUGUCUUUAAACGUUGUUGAUGAACAAAAUUUAGAAAAAGAGCCUGUCCUUCCUGCACUUCCCAAAAGCAUUGAAGAUUCAAUAAAUGAAUACAAUAAAUCUGUUGAGGAACUUGCAUUAGCUUCGUUGCAAUUGGGUUCAAUUAAUCGAAGACUUGAGAAUCCCAUUAUUGCUUUGAGUGGAUGUACUGAAGAGUCGUUACAUUUAAGUAGAGGUCAAAUCGAUUUUGCUUCAGUUUUUAACAGUGAUUUACAACUUGAUGAAAGAUUUAUUCCUUUUGUUUAUAUCGAUAGAUUUGAUCAUCGAGGACGGAAGAUCUACAAAAAUAGUUACGCGUUGGACUUUUGGAAGAACCCUGAUGCAGAUGCUUUGGUCACUCGCAAUCGAUUAAGUGUUGCUGAACGUUGGUAUUUAAUUAAUGAAUUUAGUAAAUUAUUGAGUGAUAUAGCAAUUGGAAUUGAUUCAAUUGCUAAUAAAAGAGAUGAUUUACAUAAAUUAAUAGUUGGUGUACCUGCAGAAGAACGUCUCGGAAUUGCUGACGAAUAUGAAGAUAAAUUUAGAAAAGCAUUUAAUAUGAAAAGAAGAUUUGUUGAAGAGAAGACCGGUGAUGCUGAAACCAGUGAGAAAAAAGAAUUAAAUAUUCAAGAAAAUGAAUAA